CAUACAAAUACUGCUCCUCCUCCCCCGCGCGCCCUGCCGGCGAGACCCCGCCCCCUGCUCGCGCAGACACGCCUUCUUUCUCCUUUCGGACCCCGCCUCUCACCGUCGCGCGCUCGACAACCGUCCCCCCGUCGCCGCCACCCUCCUCGCAUCGCAUCCGCACGAGUCGCUCUCACCCGCCCCCAGCGCCCUUUCCCCCCCUUCCUAAGCCCCAUCUGUUUCCCCGGCUGGUUGAAGCGCAGUUUCUCCUCCUUUUAUAUAUAUAUAUAUAAAAUAAUAUCUAUAGAUAUACAUUGUAUGGACGGGGCAGUAGCGGCGACCUGAGGUGAAGGUGGAAGAUGGGUCCGUGUGGCGGCAGCCUCCAGCAGCAGCGCCGCCCCCGCCUGCCUUAGAGACCCGCGAGCAGGCGAGGGAGGAGGAGCAGGAGGCGGCGGCUGAGGAGGCGCCAGCCCGGACAAGCCCCAUGCGGAGGAGUCGGCGCGGAGGGGGCAGCUGCGGCUGCUGAGAGAGGCUGAGGGCGAGAGAGAGAGAAAAAGAGAGUCCUUUCGGUCGGGGUGGGGAGGAAAAGGAGGAGACCCACCCCCUGGUUCUUUCGCGGCGGACACCGGCAAAGCAGCGGUCUCUGAGGGGCGCUGGGGAAAGGGGCGAUGUGCCCGGAGGAGGACGGUGGUUGUGGUGGCGGCGGCGGCGGCGGAGGAGUGGUGGUGGUCUCGGCGGCUGCUACUGCUGCUUCUGCCGCUUCGGCAGCCGCGAGCGGAGAUCCGGAGGGGACGUCGGCGGCAGCGACGUCGGCGGCGGCCGGUCUCUUGAGCGAGCUGCGCUCUUGGUGGGAAGUGCCGGCCAUCGCUCACUUCUGCUCCCUCUUCAGGACCGCUUUCCGACUGCCCGACUUCGAGAUCGAGGAACUUGAAGCAGCUCUUUACAGUGAUGAUGUGGAGUUCAUCAGUGAUCUGAUUGCCUGUCUUCUUCAGGGUUGUUACCAGCGCAGUGACAUUACGUCUCAGACAUUUCAUGGCUACCUGGAGGACAUUAUCAACUAUCGCUGGGAACUGGAGGAAGGGAAGCCCAAUCCCUUACGAGAAUCUACUUUCCAAGAGCUACCCUUGCGCACUCGUGUGGAGAUCUUGCACCGCCUUUGUGAUUACCGACUUGAUGCUGAUGAUGUCUUUGACCUACUCAAGGGUUUGGAUGCAGAUAGCCUUCGGGUGGAACCGCUGGGUGAGGAUGGCAACGGUGCCCUCUACUGGUAUUUCUAUGGCACUCGUAUGUACAAAGAGGAACCCAUGAAACCAAAUGGAGAAAUGCCUUCAGACAGGGGAUGUGGGAUACAGACAAGCACUCAAAGCAUUCCUGGAAAAAUAGUAAAAAGACGAGGGCGACCUCCAAAACGAAAGAAACUACUGGAGGAGAAUCUCUUAAGAGAGAAGGCAGAAGAAAACGCACUUGUGUGUGAGUCACAGAUGAGAAAUGGUUCUCAAGGACCAGGUCAUGGAACAUGGUGGCUGCUAUGUCAGACAGAAGAGGAGUGGAAGCAGGUCACAGAGAGCUUCCGAGAGAGAACAUCUUUAAGAGAGAGGCAGCUUUACAAGCUCCUGAGUGAAGAUUUCCUGCCAGAGAUCUGCAACAUGAUUGCACAAAAGGAGAAACGUCUGCAGCGAAUGGAGUUUUCUCCUCGGUGGAUGUCUGAUCGUCAGCACAUAAAGCCAAUAAGGCAAGAGGUGACUCCUGUGGCGCUCAGCAGAAUGGAGAAGCAGAGACGACGGGAAGAGGAGGAGGAACGUCAAAUCCUUCUGGCAGUUCAGAAGAAGGAGCAAGAACAAAUGUUGAAGGAGGAAAGGAAACGAGAAAUGGAGGAGAAAGUCAAGGCAGUGGAAGAACGAGCCAAGAGAAGGAAGCUCCGAGAAGAGCGGGCAUGGCUGCUUGCCCAGGGAAAGGAACUUCCCCCAGAGCUUUCUCACUUGGAUCCCAGUUCACCUGCUAGGGAGGAGAGGAAGACCAAGGACCUUUUUGAAUUGGAUGAUGAGUUCACUGCCAUGUACAAAGUUCUCGAUGUAGUGAAGGCUCACAAGGACUCCUGGCCAUUCCUGGAGCCAGUUGAUGAAUCCUAUGCCCCAAAUUACUACCAAAUUGUUAAGGCUCCCAUGGAUAUAUCUAGCAUGGAGAAGAAGCUAAAUGGAGGCCAAUACUACACCAAGGAGGAAUUUAUGGGUGACAUGAAGACCAUGUUCAGGAACUGCCUUAAAUACAAUGGUGAAAAUAGUGAAUACACUAAAAUGGCUUAUAACUUAGAAAGAUGCUUCCACCGGGCAAUGAUGAAGCACUUCCCUGGAGAAGAUGGGGACACAGAUGAUGAGUUCUGGAUCAGAGAAGAUGGGAAGCGAGAGAAAAGAAGCCGUCGGACUAUACGUUCCAGCACAGGGAAUGUUUGGACUCGAUCCAGAGACUCUGAAGGACCUGGCAAGAGACAACAGCAUGUGCAAAAUGGAGGAAAACUUCCACCUCACAAGGCGAAACAUAGAGUGCCUACUUCUUCCUCUUCUUCCUUCUUCUCUGCCGAGGGUCCAAGUAGUAGUUCUAUUCAUCCCUCUGGAGAAGUGGCCUCUUCCAAUGGCCGAGGUUUCCUGAGCUCACAUAGCUAUGGUGGAAUGCCCAACCGUGUAUCCCAUCCAGGGCAGAUGAGACCAGCAGUGCCAGGACCAUUUGGCUCUUUGCAUGGGUCUGAUCCAGCAAAACCAUAUGGGUCACCACGAGUACCAGAACCACACCCUGGUGAGCCAGGUCAGCAGCAUCAGCACUUUGUCAUGCAGCCUACAGUUGGAUUGAAUGAUCCCAGAGGACAUCGGCUUCCUGCUCCAGAGAAGCAGGUAUGUGCAGGACCAAUGCACGUCUCCACAAUAGGACCACAGCCUGGAUCCCUUCAACUUGGUCGGAUGGCAGGUCCUCCCUCAGAUGCCAGUAUGUAUUCCCCUGCACAAUUUCAGCAAGGAUUCCCUUCUCCAAGGCACAAUGGACCCCCUACAAGACAAACAGAGACCUCAGAGGUUCCCCCUGGACAUGUCUACAGGCCCUAUAAGUACCUAAACCGUGCACAUCCUGCUGUGUGGAAUGGAAGCCAUGAUACAGUAAACCAGAUGACCUUGGGAGUAGACAAGCGACCCUCAAUGGGUCCGCCUCGUGCGUUGAGCCACAUGAUGGACCCUCAGGUACUGAGACCACCUUUGCCACCUAAUCAGUGGACUGAGCAAUCCAAUUUCCUACCUCAUGGAGCUCCACCCUCAGGAUAUAUCCGACAACCAGGAAAAGGCCCUGGUCAGAGAAUGCAGCAGCAGCUACCAGCCUCAUUAUUUGGGCCUCCCACACAAAUGCCAAGAGGAACCCAAGGUGGGGAUUCCAUGAUGGACAGUCCAGAGAUGAUUGCCAUGCAACAGCUGUCCUCCCGGGUAUGCCCACCUGGUGUGCCUUACCACCCCCGUCAGCCUCCUCCCCCCCACUUGCCUGGACCAUUUCCACAACUGGCCCAUGUAGCAUCUAUGAACAUUCAACCUCCAAAAACAGUUUUAGGGAAUGGGAACUCUCAGGACACCAGCCAGACAGUUGAUUCAGAGAACAACCAAGUGAACCCUCCACCAGGAGUGGAAGAGAAAGCCCAGUGUAUUGGCCUUCCAGAGGGCACAUACCCCAAGCUGCUACCUCAUUCCAAGCUUCCCUUGCAAAUGGAUUGCUCCAGGCAGACCCAGGAAGGGGAGGGUGUUGAUUCUGGAACUAAAAAUGAUCCAAAAGCAACACAGAGCAAGAGCACAUGGCCAGCGGAGAGUAACUACACAAGUUCAGCAGCCCAAGGAUGUGCGCAGGACAUUGUAACAGCGACAGAAAGGGGGCCUGUGCCUGAAAAUGGUGCUAUAGGUGAUGGACCAUCCACUGGCACUGAAGGGAAAACAGUGGCUGCUAAUAUAAUGGAGAAGUCGCGUUGCACUGGGGGGAAAAACGUGCUGGAAGCAACUGUGCCUUGCGUGGGACAGAGCACCAAUACUCCUGCUGCCAUGGAUAGCAGUCCGGCAGGAGGCACCUCUGGCCAGUUUGCCCCUCUCUACAUGCCCAAUUUGGAGUAUCCAAAUUCAGCAGCACGCUAUCACAUCAAUCCAGGACUGCAGGGAUUUAAUCCUAUGAUGGGAGGGAAACCCCACCCAGUAUCCCAUUCUCAACAUUUUUCUGCCCGAGGCUUUCAGCCUAGUAACAGUCCCCAUGGGGUUUUCCCUCGUUACCGUUCCCACCAGGGCAUGCCAUACCCUUACCAGCCUCAACCUCCUCCUUCCUAUCACCACUACCAGCAGCCUCCUUACUAUCCUUGUCCACAGGGAUAUUCAGACUGGCAGAGGCCUUUCCCUCCCCAGUCCAGUCCCACUGGUCAUCCACCUGGUCCAUCACCUCUGGCCAGGCCUCCUUUCUCAGACAGAGCGACCAUGGGCAGCGGCAUGCAGGGCUGUGAAGUGCUUACCACUUCUUUGGCUUCCCCAAACCGAAUGGACAUGGCAAGCACCAAAGAGGUUCCCAGCAGUGGGCAAGAGCUGCCACCCGAGGCUGAGAAAAUGGAUGAAUCCCAAGAGAGGCCUGAGAGUCCCAAAGAGUUUCUUGAUUUGGACAACCACAAUGCAGCCACCAAGAGACAGAGAUCAGUUGCAGCAGGAGAAUACCUGUAUAGUUCACCACCACCCAUGAGUUCUUCUGGGCUUGGGUUUGGUCCCUCUGCUUUCCCACCGCACAGUGUCAUGCUGCAGACAGGGUCACCUUAUGCACCACGACAUCCCACCGGUCACUUCCAGUCCAGAGCUUAUGGGUCACCUGUGAAUGCUCACUUGGCACAUCUUCCAGCCACCAAUCAAGCCAAUGGUCUUGCUCACGAGGGACCUCUUUACCGCUGCCAGGAAGAGAAUGUGGGGCACUUUCAGGCCUUAAUGAUGGAACAGACAGGACGUGGAGGUGGCAUGGGGGGACUGUCUCCAGAUAUGUAUAGAACAGCAGGAAUGCACAUGCACCAGCCACAAUCCCCAUUCUUAAAGGUGCCUACCACAACACCAGCCCGGGAAGACCCUCCAGCACAAAAAACACCGGCAUUGCCUCUGGAUCAAAGUUAGUCUAAGGCUGGAAGGAUUUGAUGGAGAUGAGAGCCACAUAUGAGUGGAUGAGGGCAAAGGGAAAUAUACUUUCUACACUCAUCUUCUUUCCCAGAAGCAUCUCUUUCCAAGGUCUGGUGGAAUAGAGCACCUCAUAGGACUGUCGCAAUGACACAGAGGGAGCAACUUGAUCUAAUGACAUAUUUCUCACCAGAGACUUAGGUUUCAUUAAGAGUUUAAAGGGGCUCUGUUUGAGGAGCUUGAAAUUUCAUGAACUGCUGAAACUCAGGUAUAUUUUUCAGGGUGAAAGACAGGAGGCUAUGGAAAGUACUUGUAUUAAUAUGUGUGUUUGGAAUGGAAUCCAGUUUACAUAUUUUUUUUUAACCUGUUGCCUUUUAAAAGAAAAAAUAUUUCUGUUGGUGAAUGUAUUGUACAUUAUUAGGGUGGGAGUGGUAGGCCUCAAAUGUUGUGGACAUAGCACUGGGAUGAUCAUAAUAUGUUUACAAUCAUGUCACAUUGAAAUCCUUCAGGAGUGGGUAGAUGCAGGAAAUAAUUUUUUUCUGAUUUUUUUUUAUCAACACCACCUAUUGGUUACCUGGGGCUAAGGCAUUGCCUGGCAACUGGCCACAGGUGUUGCUCAGGAGAAAUCAGUGUUCCCCAAUCUUGCCCUUGAAUUGUAUGCACUGCUAGUUCCUGCCACUAUUGGAACUAGGAAACCAGCAAACUAGAAUUUCCAGAAAUUUGGAAAUCUUGUUUAGAAUUGUAGCAGCCUUUUCGCAAACAUUUCUGACUGGGAAUAAUAGUUACCCUGUCAUACACCCAAGCUGAGAUUAUGGGGAUAAGAAAAGAGAAUGUUGUUACAUGUAAUGCCAAUGUUUUCAAAGAUCUCUUUAAAGACGCUAGAACCGGAGACAAAGGCCUGUGAGAAUAUUACAGAAGGGUUUCUUAUGCAGCAUCUGUGAUGCUUUCAGUGGCACCUAGAAUACAAUAAUAUGGCGUUCUGAUUUGUCUUAAGUAUGUGGCUCUCGCCAGGCCUGGACACACGUUCAGUCAGAGUGUGAACAUUUUCACUAGGCACUACUAUAUUCUGUUGAUGGAUGCCAUAGGUCUGCCCAUUUGUUUACUUGGAUUGUGCCUGGAGUGAGCUUCAAUGUAUAUCCUAAGUGCUCACUCCCUCGUCUCACUGUGUGUAGAAGUUAGUGACUGAACAGGAAAAAUUCCAUGUUUAUUUGAGCUCCUCUGUGCCCAUGGAAAGCAGAGAAAGGAGCAUGUGAGCCAGAAAUCUAUUCUCAUUCUCAUGUCUAGUACAAGUAGCAAGUAAAAAAGGACCACGGCCACAUCUCCAGUGGCAGUUCCAGCUAACCUAAUACAAUUAGAGUACACAGCUCAUGGACAGUCAUUUUCAAAGGAAAAAAACAGACGCUGGCACCUAGGCCCUGAAAUAAUUUUUCAAACUUACGUUUUUUGUUUCAAACAACACUUCCCCUACUGAUUUUCUCCUUCCCACGAAUGAAUUUAUAUUAGUUGUGGUUUUUUUAAAAUAGAACUCUAGCCCAGAGUCAUAGCCUCAUUGCAGGCAGUUAGUCUGUUGCCUGAUAACUUCAUAAACUAGAGAAGAAAAAUUCCCAUUCCUUGUAUAGCAGAUGUGGCUGGCUGCUGGCUUUGCAGAAGUUGUUCCACUACCUCCCAUCAGUCCCAGUCAACAUGGCCAACAUUCAAGGAUGGUGGAAGCUGUAAUCCCAACAUCUGGUGGGCCACAAGUUAGCAUAGUAUUCUCCCCUCCCCCCAAAAAAUCAGGAAUACAUUCCAAAUCCGUAGUCAUUUUAGUCUGUGAAACAAACAAACAAAAGAAUAAUGUUGUGGCACCUUAUAGAUUCACUGGUUUGUCGUGAGAUAUACUUUAGAGAGCAAUGAGCACACUUUCAUUAGAACUGUGAAGCAGGUUAUUGCAUGUGAAAGCUUGUGUGUGCAAUGAGCUUGUUAGGUUGGGUUUAAAUGAUCUACAUGAGCUUAUUAGCACAUUGGAGUUAUGAGAUAGCUUCUAGUAUCUACAGUAAUGUCCGAUGAGGGUAGGACUCUGUUGCUCUCCUGGUUUCCCAACAGAGCAGGUCUCUGGCACUUGCUGAGAGGGGAGGUGUGAGGUGUGGGGAACUUAGUGUGAUUUAUGGUGGCAGGAGCAGCAGAUUGGCUCAGAAGAGUAGCAGAGUCCCACAAACUGCUACUCAGUAUCUGUAAAUAUAUGGAUGUUAGUGGCUCCUAGGAAGGCAUUGUAAUAGGAUAGUGGUGUUCUUUCUUUUAAAAGUUGAUGGGAAGCUUUUGCUAUUUCCCAGUUCCUGUUCUGUCGUAAUUUUGGCAUGAGUGGUUGAAUAAUAAGUGUGUGAGCCUUUUGGAUGGCGAAGAUAGAUGAGUGGCACAGCUGCAGAUGGACUGAUAAUGGGCUUCAAAGCUUGUGCUUCUUGUAAUGAAAGAACUAUCUCAAGCAAUAACCUCCCCACUUCUACCCAUCUGUAUCUGUUUAAGAUACAGAUGGGGUGCCACACAUUCUGGCCCCGCAGGACCCCUGCCUUCCAUGUGGAAGAAACCUUUUUUAAAGAGGCACAUAAUGACCCCUGCAUACUUCUCUCUGAAGCAGGAAGGGAAGAAUAAAUCCUUUCCUAAAGCAGACACACUAAAAAGAAAGAGAAAGUGUUAAUGGUAAAUGUUAAUCAUGUAAACAAUAUCUAUACGAGUUUUUUUUGGGGAGGGUGAGUUUCCCUCAUCAAAAUAAUUACCUAGGCAUUAAAAACCACUAUUGACUGGUAUUAAUUACCAAUAUUGGUAAUUAAAUCCUCCUAGUUGGAUGAAUUGUUUUACUCCUUAUAGUGUCUUGUUAUCAAUUAUGGUCUAUGAUCCUCAAACAGAGGUAUUACUGAUACUGGGGAAUGCUACACUGCUUGGAUAUAUGAAAUACUUCUAAUUCAAACAAAACAGCAAAUAUCAGCAGUACAUCAAUAGUGUGCCUAUUGUAAAAAGUAGUUGUGUAUUUCAGUUGAUGUCUCAGUUCUAGAUCUGAAGUUGGUUUGCAUUUUCCUGUGUUUGGAGAGUGGAGGCAAUGUGUUGGUCGAACUGAAAAUAAGGAUCUGACAGACAUGACAGUUCAGUAGGCUCCCUGGCAGUGCACAGUGCUUUCUUCAUUUGGUAGCAUUCCAAUAUAGCCUUUAUCAAUAAGUUAGCACUAUUUGAUCACAGAGUUCUCUGGCCAUUCCUUUGUGUCAUCAUAUGUCCCAACUUGAAGCAGGAGAUGAUGUACAGGGCCUAGAAACCAGAAAACAUAGUUUGUAUCUUUGUAUGAGGAGAAUAUGCAAGAUUUGAAGUUUUCUUUCAGCAAUACUGGUUUUUUCUCAGUGAAAGGAAGUGUUUAUUUCCUAUAUAUUUAAGUGUAACAUUAUCCUAUAUGUAUGUUGACUGAAAAACAAAUAUGCCUCUGAUUUUAUAAGGCCUUUUCUCCAUGAGAGAGAUGCAGCUGCUCUUCCAUUCCCUCCCAGCAGCCAGACACAUGCUAUCCUGAAGCAAUAUUUCCUAAUCUAUUCUAUAAUAAACUAUAAGAAGGUCCCCUCUCCUCCCCCACACCCCAGUAAUUCAAGCAUUGUGUGGAGCAUCUCCUUUAGUGCCCACAUUUAUCACUGAAUUAAAUAUUUUUUAAAGAAUAUGUUUUUCUUCACUGCUAUAUAUUAGGGAAACAUACCUAAGAAAAUAAGGACUGAUUCUGGCAUACCUUUUCCAAUACUUGUGCCUAUGUUUACAGUGAGGAGUGCCAGAUGUGAGAUUUCAUAAUGUUGAAAUAGUCAAGUGUUCUGAAACCAAGUAGGAAUACAUACAUAGAAGCAGACAGCAGCAGACCUAAAUUAAUCCUGUUAUGAAUGUGGAAAUGAAACAGAUAAGAUUUUGAAAGAGACUCCAAAGGUUGAUUGUGGGAGAUGGUGGUGAACAGGACUCCAAAAUGCACUUACCAGUGGUGAGCAUAUUUGUAAGUUGCUGAGUGCAAAAUGAGAGGAGAGUGGAGAAGCUUGCCCUUGCAUUUCCACUCAGUUUUGGGUGUUGGAGACUUCAGAAAUCUAGCCACAAGUCCUUCCAUUUUCUCUAGGGGUUACCUUUGCAGCCAUUUGAGUUUCAGAGGCACUCUGAACUGCCCAGAUUUUUCACAAAGUUAGAAUACCGCCACAACAUGGCACAUCUGAAAUAUGAUCUUGCCCCUCUCCAGAUUGGAGAGUCAGAGUGGGUGGCAGACAGCUACAGAAUUUGACUAACUACAAAUUUUGGGUGCUGUUGAUGAAUGUUUGGGUUGGAGGAAUCGAAAAUAUAACUUGGCUGACAACAGAGUAACAAAAGAGGUUCUUGCUGAUUAGCACGUAUCAGAAAUUUGCUUUACUAUAACGUGAAUGUUUCUUUGAUAAGGUUCAGGUCUGAUGAGCAACAACACAGUAGGGAUAUUGACUGUUAUCGAUGGGGAGCUAAAUGUAGUUGGCAGGCCCUACUGUUUUUAAUUCCUAUGUCUUCUGGCAAGAAUCUAAAGGAUUUCUAUGAAAUUUUUCAAACUGUGUAAUUAUUUCUACUAAGUACUUGUUUAGCAUUGGCAGUAUACCAGGUGCUUAUUGCAAUAUUAACAGCUGCCAAAUUGCUGCAUACUUUCUGUAGUCAGAGCAUUGAAGGCUCCAAUGAAUCCUGGUGGGGAAUUCCUCUUAGCUGUAGGUGAUCAGUGCUACCACUAAUGUCAGUGAUUCUUUGGGUUUAGCCACAUUCUGUACUGACCACAAGAUGUCACUGUUAUACAAUGAAUUUAAUUCCCUCUGCAGCUGACUUCACUGAUGUUAAACAGGAGCUUCCAAGUGUCAUGGUGCUGAAUUCUCCUUUGGAUAUAAAUGCAAGUUAUAGUUCAUAUUUUAUGCACCCUGGCAUCUACUAAUGCUUUGUUCUUCCAUAAUAGUUCAGUGCACACUACAGCUUGACUAUUUAGCAAUAAAAGCAGAGCAGUUACUGUGCUUUCUCCAGGUUUCCCCGUUACAAAAGUUAAGUAUAUCAUAGGAGUCCACUGCAGGGAAGUAAAAAAAUCCAGAGAUCACUGGUGCCUAAAAAUUGGGACUAGUGACUGGAACUUGAAUUACUGUUGAGGUUAGGAAGUUAGUUUUUCAGUCCGGCUCCUGAUUUUACACAUACAAAAAUCGUAUCUUGCUCAAUGUUUGAGUACUUUUUUCUACUGCUCAGCUUUUGCGUGCACUACUGCAUUUUGUCUAAGUAGAAUGAGAUAUUUUCCCCAUGGUUAGGAAGGACAGCAAGAAAGAAGUUUUCUAACUAGAGACACAAAAGAACAGGCUUGGUUGCUAGAGAAUAUAUUUCUUAGUGAUCUGAGAAUUUCUAACAAUACUUUUGGUUUUUAAUUUGAAGUGGUUGAGCUUUGACAAUUUUUUUGCCAAUCUCCAUCAUUCCUGAAAUGUUUUCUGGGUCAUUUGGUGGGUGGGAUGGGAGGGACUGUAUUAUUGUAAUUAAGAUUGUAAAGAAUGUAAUUUGCCUAUUUGGGGGCAAAAGGAGAAGAGAGAACGUUCCUCUGGAUGAAGUCUGAUGUUUGACUUGCAAGCUGGAUCCUGGUCUCUGUCAAACAGCUGGAAUAUCUUCUGGUCAACAGGACUACGAGCGGUGACUGCAAGUGUCCUCUCACCAUCAAGCUGUGAAAAUACAUUACUGAAAAACUCUGGGAGGAAUCUGACAUUGUUUGGACUGCACAUGGCAGUGUCUGGCUGGAUAAAUGAAUUUCUCAAUUAGUUUUGAAAGGGAGCCGGCAUGAGUCUUCCACACCAUAGCAGACUGAACUUGUUAGUGUGGCAGGAAGCUACUGUCAAGAGGGCCCGUUAAUUGGAGAGGUAACACCUGAUAUAAGACUGACUGACUGACUGACUGACUGUGAAUUCCUCCUCGUGUGCUCUUCUAUUUUCCCCAACUGGGACUCAGGUACCUCACUUGGCUGCCUUUUCCACUGCUCCUGAAAAAACCCUGAUCACUUUCCUUGCCCAUGGAGCACAGCAUCAGGGAUCCUUUCCUCUACUCUUUUGCUGCUGCAAAGAGCUGGGUUUGAACUCUCCUGGUCAAUACUGGAAAGGGGAAUGCUAUUUAUUUUUAUAUUGUGUAUAUUUCGUCUUGGUCUACUGAUUCCCUGAGAGCGACAGUUACCUCAAUAGUUAGUUUAAUUUUCUGUGUUUGGGUAAUUUUUUUAAGGAUCCUUUUUUAAAAAAAUAAGCUUGAUCCUUGGAGAUCUGUAGAUUUUAUUUCCAUAAGAAUUUGUUAUUUUGUAUAAAGUAUGUUCUUAAAAUAGUA